GCUUUUCUCACUCCUCUUUCUCUCUCUAAAUCUAUGAUCUCUAUCUUUAUAUCCUUGGUGUUAACUCUCGUGUGGCUCCUCUCUUUCUCUAUAUCUAUCUUUUAUUAAUGGGUCCGUUUAAUUCAUCCUCUACAAAUCUCUAGCUGCUUCCCAUUUUUUUGGCUUUUUAACCCACUCUUGCUUUCUUGCUUUCAAUGGGUGUUGUAUAAUGAAUGUCCAGUAAAUUUAUGACCAUUGAGUUAAAAGCCCUCUGGUUAAUGUAUCAUUUAAAGAAGAGUCUUUUAAAAAAGUCAUGAUUCUUGAUGGGUUUUUGGGGCUCUGAAUUCUCAGUUUCUUGGAAUUUGGAUUUCUUGAAUGAAGUCCCACUUUUCUUUUCUUCAUCACACAAGUAAAACAUCUCACAUUUUAGCAUUAUGAUUCUAUUGGGGUCUUUUGUUCUGGCUGUCUAAAACUUAUUUACUUGUAUGUAAACUUCUUAAGUUUGCCAAACAUGCUGCGAGAGGACAAGUGGGCUACUGCUGGUUAGUGCAUAAGGGCUUAUUUCAUGUUAGCCUUUUUACUUUCUUAUACUUCUUUUAACAAACAGGAAAAAAGGUAGCAACUUUAAUGUUGUUUAUUGGGUUUUUAUUUGGACACUAGGGAAAUAGCCAUAGGAAAAGCAAUUAUUUUCUCCUGAAGAUAUCACUUAUAGAAGGAUCAAGCUUUUUGGCAUGUCAUUAACAACCACCAUCUGUUCUUGAAAGCACUGUCCUUUUAAACAAUACAUAUUCUCAUUAAGUCUUCAAUGGACCGCUCCAUUUGCCAGAGGUUUAUACGUUCAUCAGUAACAUUUUCCCCGACAAUGCUUAAAAAGAAGGUGGCGUUUCCAAUGUGUUAACGCAUAUAGCCUGAGAACAUUAACAUAUGUAGCAGGAUAAGAUUCUGCCGUUUCAGACUGGAGCUCAUUUUAGACAACCUUAAUUUGUCUCGGUUACUCUUAAUCUACUGACAAGCAAAACAAAAAUCAGGCCAUGUCUGGGUUUUCCAUACCUUUAGUGAUGCAAGGAGAAGCUAUUGACAGUUAUGCUUCUGAUGCUGAUGAAUUUCAGAACAUUCAACCGGGGAAGGAUACCAUUAGAGAUUUCUCGACUGCCACGUCAUUUCCUGUCUGUAGGAAUCCAGUUCUUUCUCAAUUUGUUGAGGGGAUUCCCCUUCCCGGGUUAUCCAUUAAUACCCUUCCGGCUGUAAGAUAUGGUACUAUCGAGAAUCCCGACAACGUUUCAACUUCUGAUACUUUUGAUUAUCACCUGGAAUGCCCAAAAAACAUUGUCCCAAGUGACUACACUAAUAUGAUGAAUUCUUCGUGUGGAACCAUGAAGUAUGUAUGCAAUGAUUUACCUUUUGAUACGAGCAGUAGAUGGGACUUCAGCAAAUCCUUAACUUCUCCAGAACUUGUAGGGACGGUUAUACCCCAGCCAACGGGAAAUUCCACUUCGAAGAUAUUACCAGAACGUGGCAGCUUGACCUCUAGUAGCCCAGGGUCGUCCCUAUUUAGUAACCAUCUGUCCCUUAGUCUUGCUACAUCUCGAGCUUUUGUUAUGCACGGGACUUCGGUUCAAGAACCAUGUCUAGAGAUGAGCUCGUCUGGUUUAACUAGCUAUUGUUUGUUUCAAAGGCACAUUGGGUCAGAACAAACAUCUUGCAAAAGUAAUAACGUUUCAUUGAGCUCUAAUUCUUCCAAGCCGGUUGAAAUUUCACAGUUUUUAUUGGGAUCCAGAUAUUUCCGGGUGAUGCAAGAAAUACUUGCUGAAAUUGCUGGCUUUGCAUUUGAAAGUUUUGAUCAAACAAGCUAUUCAGCAUUGAAUCCUUCUGAUUAUCCCAAUCGGGAACUUGGAAUCAAGGAUCAAGGAAAUCGCCUUUUUCAAGACGGGGAAGUUGAAACAAAGAAAAGGCAUCUGCUGGCUUUGUUGCAAGUGGUUGAUGAUAGCUUCAACCAAUGCUUAGAUGAGAUCCAUACAAUUGUAACUGCAUUUCAUGCUGUAACUGAGUUGGAAUCUGAUAUACACGCUCGAUUUGCUCUUCCAACAAUCUCUUUCAUGUAUAAAAACCUACGGGAGAGAAUUAGCUGCCACAUUCUUGAAAUGGGAGCUAAUUUUAGUGAAAGAGGGGUAAUAGAAGAGAAUUCAUUUGAGGCAUCCUUCAUCCAAAAACAGUGGGCGCUUCAGCAGCUAAGAAAGAGAGAUCAUCCAUUAUGGAGGCCCCAACGAGGAUUGCCCGAAAGAUCUGUCUCCAUCUUGAGGGCAUGGAUGUUUCAGAAUUUUAUUCACCCGUAUCCCAAGGACUCAGAGAAGCAUUUGCUUGCAUUAAAAAGUGGAUUGACAAGAAGACAGGUAUCCAAUUGGUUUAUAAAUGCUCGUGUUCGUCUGUGGAAGCCGAUGAUAGAGGAAAUGUACACGGAGAUGAACAGGCGGACAGGUCGCCGGAACAAUGAAGGAAAUGACAGCAACUGUAGAAAUCAUAUGUUCUUUGAGAAUACAAGGUUUAAAAUGAAUUAACAUAAGAAAAAGAUAUUCUGUAAUACAUGGAAGUAUUAUUAUUUGCUGAAUCUAGUCAAGUUACGACGGUAAAAAUCUGUUCAGUGUAACUGAAUCAGCUAUAUAAUGAUGAAUAUGUUGUAAUUUUUUA